UCGUUUUACGGAUACCUGCUGUGUAUUCUAAUUCCUGGGUUUCUGAAUCUGGCCUGUUGCAGAUGUCUUUGCGUUUCGUAACUUCCUUCGUCUUUUUUCCUGUUCUCCAUUACUUACACGAAAAUACUUUUUCUUCAUGAUUUCUUAUUCUUCUUCAUCGCCAAGUCCAUCUAGAAGAAACUCCACCAGUAUGUUGGUGACGAGGGGGACCCCGAAAAUGGUGUUUUGUUGCGGCCGUGAUCAUGGAUCUGCUUCCCCUUACCCGCUGCGGCUGUCUGAUGUGUGUGUGUGUGUGUGUCUGCUCAUCUUUCUCUCUUGCCUCUCGUACCCCUGUCAAGAUUCAAAAGGACAUCUCUCGUUGGUGAUGGACCUGCCGGAGACAAUGCAAGACCAAAAAAGAUGAGCGCCGGGCAGGACGCACGCUAUCAUGCAAUCUGGCGUUAUACGGGGGACGAAAUUGAAGAGAGAGAAAAAGCACAAGCCGCCAAUUUCAAAAAUUUGGACAUUCCUCUCCUCUGUGCGCGCCGUGCGACCUUUCAGAAUUGCCCAUCGGAACCGGUCGUCAUCUUGUUGAUCUCUGUUUUUUUCUGCCCU